AUGAUAGAGAACGAGGGCGACACCACCGGAAUGAUCCCAGGUAUCCGAGAGGCCAACGACUUUCUGGCCUACUUAGGAGUUAUCCCCAGCCUCGUCCCCUGGGUCAUCGGGUUAAGCGCCGUCUUAGGCAGGAAGUCGAAUACCUCGGUGCUAGUCAGCUACACCUUUGCGCAGAUCAACAAGAACCAAGAAGCGAAUGCGCACUCGACAACCAAGGACAGCAAGAAAUACAAUACCUUCCUGAAGAAGGUGCUUGACAUGAAAUCCCAAGGGCGUCUCAAGCUGCCCAACGUCCUGGAUGCCUGUGGCAGCAAUAUCGGAGCCGGUUCAGACACCACAGCCGUCACACUAAGCUCGACUCUGUUUUUCCUCUACUCGAAUCCUAACAAGCUCGCCAAACUGCGCAGGGAGAUUGACACCAAAGCAGCCGACGGCAGCAUCUCAGACCCUGUCACCUUUCAGGAGGCCCAGAACAUGACCUACCUACAGGCUGUCAUCAAGGAGACACUGCGUCUUCAUCCAGCCGUGGGAACCAUCUUGCCCCGUGUUGUGCCUAGAGGUGGCAUAGAACUGUCGGGACACUAUUUUCCCGAGGGCGUAUGUAAUCAGCCGCGUGUUGUUAUCCCCUACUGA